GUCCACCCGAGGAUUCCCCGACCGCCCCAACCACGUUUCCUGUUAAACUCACUCACGUGGAAUUGUUAUCCUGAACUAUAUCCAAAGGGGUAUGAGCAAUACAAUCCACUAUACAGGAGAAUGCUCAUUAGUCUUUGCAUUGUCCCCUUAUAUGCAAUGAGACAUGUUGCCGCAUGAAAAAGGCGAGCACUAAACCCACCUAGUGUUAGCAACGGCGCAGCUCUGACGCACAGCGAUGCUCGAUCUCCUCCAAGUACAGUACAUCACAUCUCAAUUGAUUCUUUGCUUCUCAAAGUCCUCACAGUGAUCAAAAGCAAUGCGUGACUUGAGCAUCCAGUCUUCACAGUUCACCCCAGCGCAGGGCCGAUACUGAGAAGCGUCUCGCCAUAGAGCUUGUAGAAGUGCAUACAUACCUACAUCUACAUCGGGAGUCUACAAACGAAAUGCCUCCUCCUCCCAGCAAACCAGCCACAGAAGGCUCAAGACUCGAGUCUCUCCCCGUCGAGAUCAUCCAGGAGAUCUUCCUGCACAGUCUCGAGGUCAAUCUUCCGCGCGCGUCUCCCCGGCUCGCGGAAGCCCUGUCCACGCCGGCGCUAUACACCUGGCUCAUCCGGCUCGCAUUCAGCAGCACCAAUGCCAGCGCCGCCACCCACUUCUUCACACGGGACUUCCUCCCUCAGCCCCUCGAUUUCUUCGCGCUAUCCCCAGUGGAACGCAGAGACCUGCAGACCACCCUCCUGGCCUGCCGCUGGUGCACCCUGCCGCUCAUGCGGCAGUGCCAACGCGACUACCUCCUGCACACGAUCCACCAGAAAUGCCAGCCGGGGAGGGACUUCCUCUUCUCGCAGCAGGACGAAGCCACCCUCCUCUCGUUGAAGGAGCAGCUAUCCAGCCUCAUCCACCAAGCCGGCCACACCACCACCACCAGCAGCAGCAGCAGCAGUAACAGCAAUGGCCCCGGAAAAGGCGACCUAAUCCUUCACGCCCACCCCUACCCCAACCCAUCACCAACAUCAUCAACAUCCUCAACCACCACUACCACCACCACCAAACCCCACCGAAGGAACCCCCACAAAAUAGCCCUCUACCUCCACCUCGGCGCCCUCCAAAUCCGCAGCCCCAACGACAUCUACUCCUCCACGCACCCAUUCACAGCAACCAGCACCACCACCGCCACCACGGCCAACACCUACCGCCUCCCCACCUGCACCAUCCCCAGUCCCACCGGCACAUUAUCCUCCCGCAUCCCCGACAAACUUCUGUCCCCGCCCUGGAGCUCCCAAAAGCUCGAGUUUCUGGCGUUAUUGGCGGCCGACGCGUACCUCGACGACACGCCGGCGCACGACCGGUCCCGGCGCGUGCUGCGGCAGACGAUCCGGGCGCGGGAGUUUGACGUCUUCCGGACCCUCCUGAGGUUGAGGGUGCGGGUACCCUGGUAUGAUUUCCCGGUGCCGUGGCCCGUCUCCGUGAAUCAUUUCUUCGCGGCGGUGAAGUAUGCGGAUGGGCCGGGGGAUGAGUUUGUGAGGGUUUUGGUGGAGGAGAGGUUGGGGGAUGUUGAAGGGGGGCUGACGAGGGAGGAGGGGGAAAGGGUGAGGGGGUUGUUGGUACGGGCGGGAAUGGGGGGCGUACUUGGGUUAUAAUCCUUUUCUUGAAGUAGAU